AUGGCUUCACAAGUUGAGAUUUCACCCGCUUCCGCCGAGGGAAAAGGCUCGCCGUCUUAUCGACAUUUUGAAUAUGGUGAAGAUGGCACCACUGUUGCUAUCGAUCAACCGCAGCCUAUCGUGCAGGAUUUGCAGCCACCAAAGGGCUAUUACUAUAGUCCAUUGUUCUUGGGGACAUUUCUUGCAGCUGGUCUCGGUUUAGCUGCUGGCAAUGGAGCCUUUGGUCUUGCAGCUCCUUCGCUGGGCUUGAUUAACGCGGACAUUGGGCCAAGUGCCAGCAUCUCAUGGGUCUCUAUCGUUUACAUUCUCACAUUCGCCAUAGGAAGUACUCUCGUUGGGCGAGUCACCGAUAUCUUUGGGCGGCGCUGGUUCUUUGUCGGAGGAUCUGUUAUUGCCAUAGUAGGCACCGUGGUUUGUGCAAGAGCCCAGAAUGUUCCGACUUUGAUCGGAGGCAUGACAUUGAUUGGUUUAGCGACCGCAUCUCAGGCAUCAUACGCGUUUGUGGUCGGCGAACUCGUACCCAUCAAGUAUCGUUUCCUCGCUGGUGGUGGGGUUUGGUUCAUCGGACUACCCACCAACGUCUUCGCCGGCAAAACCUCCGUUUCAAUUGCCAACAAUCCAAAUCUAGGCUGGAGGUUCAUCUUUUACGUGCUUCUCAUCAUGAACGCCAUCUCGUUCCUUUGCUGGUUCUUCUGCUACCAUCCACCAACAUUCCAGAUGCUUCAUCAUGGCGAGUCUUCCAAGAAAUUCGUCAUGGGGUUCGACUAUAUCGGCUUCCUACUAUUUACUGCUGGUAUUAUCUUGCUGAUCUUGGGUCUCUCGUGGGGAGGAUCCAUCCACCCCUGGAAGAGCGCUCAUGUCAUUGCUACCAUGGUCAUAGGUGGACUCUUGAUCAUCGCCUUCUUCAUCUACGAAUCCUUUUGGCCUUCGGAUGAACCUUACCUGCCUCUGAAGCUGGUUCAAAAUGUGCACUACAUCGGAAUCCUAAUCAUUAUGACAGUAGCAGCCAUGGUCUUCUAUGGAGUUAGCAUCUUGUGGCCUGCCAUGAUUACAGUGGUAUGGCCAAGCUCUGUUGAUCUCUAUGGAUGGAAAGUCUGUGCAGCAUCAGGUGUGGUCGGCUUAGGAGGGAUCGUUGGCGGAGUGGUCGCCUCUUUCAUUCGUCGGCUUAAAAUCUUCGUUCUCGCCCUGAUGAUAAUUGGCACUGCCUUUACUGGAGCGGUCGCUGUUGUGCAUCAGGACAACCAAAGUCUCACGGUCUCCCUUAUGGUGAUUGGGGCUUUUGCCCUCGGCAUGAUCGAGGGCAUUGCAGUCACCAUGUCUGGAAUCGCCAUAGUUGAUCAGAACGACAUCGGCGCCGCCGUCGGGUUUGCAACAUCAGUUCGAACACUCGGGGGAGCAAUAGCCACGACUAUUUAUACCACCGUUCUCUCCAAUCGAUUAAGCUCGACCAUCCCAGCCUUGGUCCCUCCAGCCGCGAUCGGAGCUGGCUUGCCACCGACAUCUUUACUUGCUUUGCUAGAGGUUCUACAAGGACUGGCGCCACCCAGCAGCGUUCCAGGCCUCACUGACACUAUCCUUGCAGCAGCUACAGCGGCCUAUCGAACAGCCAACAUCCAAGCGUAUAGGUCUUGUUUCUACACCACCAUCGCCUUUGGUGGUCUCGGUAUUGUCGGAGCUUGUUUCGUCCCUAACAGAAGCAAAAAGACUGACAAGCUUGUGGCUAAAGAGCUGCAUCAUAAGCGAGACGAGAAGGUCUUGGAGGCUGGCGAAAAGAUAGCGCGUGUGUAA